AUGGGUGCCCGCGAGAGGUCGGCAGCUGCCGCUGCGGCGCAGGGGCAUGAAGAUGAUAGCAUGGGCUCAGGUGGCGAGCAGGUGGCCGCCCAGCCGCGGCGGAGAGCGAAGCUUGACACAUCCGACAAGGUCAGUUGCGGCUUGUGCGGGGCGAAGCGCUGCGACCCGAACGUGCAGUGCCCCGAGGCCCCGAAUGAUGCUGGUGAGGUUAGGCGAGUUGGGUAUGGGUGCGCGUCGUGCUGGGGCCCAUUCCAGAGAGUCUUCAGCAAUGAGACUACAUGGACCAAGCAUUGCGCUAGGCAGAAGGGCGACGCCAAGUGCAAGAAGCGGGUCGAGAACGCGAAGGACAUUUCGAAGGAUCCAGAGAAGGCCAGUUUCGAGCAGGAGGAGGUCAACAUCGUCGCCGAGCAGUGCUACACUACGAUCGGGAACUAUGUGUGCAUCAAGCCCGAGCAUCUAGAACAACAGGCUGGCGGCGGUGUCACCGUGGGGGCGGCCGACGUCCUGACCCAGAGGGUCACCGUGGGGGCGCCGCUGACGAAGCAGAAGCUGAAGACCAUCUGCGUCGCGCACCCCGAGAGGCCGCCCGUGGAGGUGCAGACUUUCACGACGGUGAAGUGCCAGAAGGUCGCGCGCACGCUGCCGCGGAGGGCAGCGCUCGCAGACGCGCAAGCCCAAGUGGAGAUGAAGAAGGCGCUGGCCGAGGUCACCAAGCUGUUGCCCGUCCCGCUCCGCGGCCACGAAAAGCCGCCCGACGUCGAGUCGUUGGUGAACCAGUUGCAGGGGGCCAAGUCUGCGCUGGGUGCUGGCGGAUUGCCUCGUGGCAGCAGUGCGGGUGAGGUGGUGCCGCCCGCUGUCGGUGCCACGGGGGCGCUGGCUGACGGGGCCGCUGGCGGUGCGGUGGCGGCCUGCGGGUCUGACGUCGCGGACGGCCGCGCCGACGGGGGCAGCGGCGACGAGCAGGGCGCGGCCGCGGAGGUGGCCUCGAAGGGGCGCGGAGUCGAGAUCAACGGGGUCGAGCAUUUAGCCAAAGUUGACGCGGCGAUCGCUCUCCACAAGGGCAUUGCCACGAUGACUGCCAGACAGAGGGCGGAGCAGAUCGAGAUCAUUGGAAACGGCGACGUGCUGGACGCCAGCGGCUUCUUGGACCAACUGAUCUGCAAAGUCGUGGGGGAGGCUGACUCUGGCGACGAUGUUGCCAGGGCGAUCUUGCCGUGGGCGCCUGCGGAUGCCGACUCCUCAACCACCUUCCAACUCAAGCGCCCGCGGAUCAGUUUCCCGCGCAUGAGCAACGCGGAUAAGGUCGUUGCGUGCAGGGGGUCCUUCUUCAACGCGUUCCUGGCAGAGGUGGCUGCCAAAUGUGAGGAGUCGGUCAAUCUCGCGAGGGAGGGCGCGGCAGAGUUGCGGGCCCUGCUGGUGAUAUCGAACACAAGCCCCAACGCAGUUGAUCAGGUGACUGAUGGAGCCAACGUCAGGGAGAUGUUGAACGGCACGUUCAGCAAGGAUAGGUCCCUUUUCCGCGACAGCUUGAUGUCCAACACCCACUGGGCUUGCUUGACCACCGAAUACCUAGACCAUGCCCUCAGCGACCUCCAGGUAGGGCCCGACAUAGUCACAGCUCUGGCCAUGGUGAGCGUCGGCAGCGACCUUGCAGCAAUGGUCAGUGCAUCAAGCCGCCUUAAGGGGUGGAUCGAGCAGAGCCGCGCUGGCGCUACAGCCGACUUGGAGAAGGCCUUCGCCCAGUGGGUUGUAAAUGUUACGUCUGCCGGCGCAGCGCCCACGUUCACGUGCGAGAGUGUCGGGCAGGUCCGCGAGGUCACGUCCAACCGGAUUUCGGCCGCCAAGGUGAAGAAAUCGUUCGGCGUCUUGCAGGUGGCUGCGCUGGCGGCAUCCGAGGAGUCCAUGGAGCUGGCCCAGGCGAAGAUCGGCGUCGAGAAGAAGCGCGACUCGCUCCUGGACCGCAUGAGGGGUUGCACCGCGGAGACGGGGCAUCAAUGGGUGUCCCGCGGCCCGCCGCCCUACCCCGCCCCAUGGAACAUUGGCCUCCAGGGCGACGUCGGGAUCCGCGGCAUGUUCGAGCUGAAGACGGUGCUGAGCGACUUGAAAGGAGAGGUGUUCGGUGGCGAGUCCAACGCGAAGCUGUUCGAGGAUCGCUUGGCUGCCCUGGCACACCUGAUCAUGACCGCCCCCUCUGAGGCUCUCGGCGCUGAGGACGCCGCCGAGAUCUCGCAGCAAGUCGAGACAGCGAUGCUCUGCGCCAACGUCGUGCGCUCCGACUCCCGCACCAAAACGAUGAACAACGCGUCGAAGCUCCUUGGCCACUACAAGGUCUGCUGCAACGUGGCCACGAAUCUGCUCUCCCUGACGGACAUUGGCGACGUCGGCCAGCAGGAGUUGAUCACGCGGCUGCGUGGCGGCAUGGGCGACGGCGCGAGCUGGAAGGACGGGCUGGCCGACGGCGACAGCUACGACGAGGUGCACACCCGCGCGAAGACCACCCUCUUCAAGGGCAAGAACGGCACGCUGCUGAACAAGACGCUGGGCGACUACAAGUGUGCGACCGACGAGGCUCGCAAGCAUAGUCGGAAAUGCAACAUCAUGGACCGCGUGAACGACCUGACGGAGCCCUUCAAAGCGACGCUCGCGGAGGCAAACGCCGCGAUCAACGAGGCGGCGCUGAUGAAGCUGAUGCGCAAGAAGCCAUAUGAGUGCCGCGAUGCCGUCGCUCGGGAGUUGGACGCGGUCGCCGACCGCGGAGUGUCCGCCGCCAAGCUGCUGGCCCAGAUCUACGAGGUGGCGGUGGCGACCAAGCCUGCCUAA